UAGAAUUACCAUUUUAUAAUAAUCAGAUAGCUACUCCUGAUUUAUUAUUCAAUACUUCUUUAUCGACAACUCUAUACCCACCACUUUUAAAUAAUCCCCUUUUAUUUAUAAAUCUAAUAAUGGCUGCAACAACUGAUGAUAUUAUGAACUACCUUAAAGCAAAUACUAGUAGAUCCCUUCUGCUUAAACAAACAACCUUCUAUGCAACUCAAAAUACAGCAGGAACACCAAAUUAG